AUGAACUGUAACACACUGAAGAUCCCUGAGUACCCCAUUUCUGAGCUUUAGUCGAAAUUUAGGCUCAAGGCCGCGUUGUCAAGACUGCACACCGCCGAGGACGCACUGCGGGUUGAUUUGGAGGACCUUAAUCGAGUCUCAGCUCAACUGCGUGACCUAUCCGUCAACUCGAAAAAGCAUUUGUGCUCAUUCAGGAAGUACGUUCGGAGCCACCUUGGACUUUUUAUUUCGCGUUCGACUUCUGUCUGUCCUACAUUCGUAAAUCUACUCGUUUUGGUCGAAAGGAUGGCAGUUAUGCGUAGAUCUAUCAGGUUUUUUACAACUGUCAAAUCGGGCAAACUUUGUGAUAAAAUGGUUUAGUAUAUCAAAAACAAGAGUCAGAAGAUGACUGUCAAACAACUGCAAGCCUACUUGACGUUUUGGCAUUUUUUCUCAUCUGGACUAGAGCAUUGACCCAGUUUUUCAUGGUGUUUCGAUCGAAACAGUUGUAACCGCCGGCUAAUAAGGUGAUGGUAUCCAGGUCAGUAUUAUCCGAAUACCGAACUUGGCCAUUUCUGGCCUUUUACGAAGGCCUAGAGGAGCUGAAUUGACGGAUUUUGUGCGAGGCGGGAUUUCAGCAGUAUGUUCGACGAACCUUAGCAGUGAAGAAAUAGGACAACGCCUUAGGAGACCGGAAAUCAUAGCGAACAAUUACAUUGCUGCUGAUGAAAAUACCGUACGAAAAGCGAAUAGGAGUAAGGAGGAGCUAUAUACCUCAGAUGUGAGCUGUCUGCGAAAAGCAGUAGCACAUGUGAUUUCGGAUGAGAUUUGACGCUGUAGUUUUCAAGGACCGCAAUUCGCAGUAGUAUAAGGCGCUCGCCCCUGUAUAUUUAUCGGGAUCUUCGACGAAUAUCGCCUUUGACAAUGUGCCACAACGAACGACGCGUAUGUUCGGCCAAUGACCACACCAUCCGGACAGACCGGUAGCACAAGAUUGUCUUCUUAGUUGAAAAUAGACCGUUGGAGCUUUAAAUUAUCUCGUCUGCAUAAAGACCUUGACCCAGUAGUAGAUGUCCGUGUGGAGGUGGCCAUGUGAUGACACAGAGAACUUUUGUUCAGGACAAAAGUUAGAAUGGGUGUUUCUGUAUGGAAAGCAGUCGUACAUCAUGCACUUUCUGCUCAACUCCUACCCUUCAUGAACUGACACAGCGUUGGACGUGUGGCGUUUCAAGGAAUCAACUAUUAUACGCACCACUGAUAGAUCGAAGAUGUGUUUAGGAAGUAGUCACAUUGAGGCAACGGGGCUCUCUCUCUCUGAGUCCGAGCAUAACGCAAUCGGGAAUCUGUUGAUAAUAAGUGUACUCAGCAGAUAUGGAGUAUCUUUAGUUUAAUUUGUAACAUGAACAAAAUCUAUGGUGAGAUUCUGAAAGCGAAGUGGAGAUCUUACAUCCUUUUAGAACCAUGCGGUGAUGUUACAAUGUGAACGGCUUUACAAUAGUGUGACAGGCACUUGCUGACCGUCAUUAGCAUUACCUCAAAUUUUGUUAAACUAUGUUGUGAUAAAACUUCGUGCGCUUGGAAGUUGCCGCUUGUUUGCUUUCUCACAAAACCGCGAUCAACCUACGCGGAGUUGCGGAAAUUUAAUGUGAAAAGCCAACGACUUUAUAGUUGCGGGCGUGGCUUCUCAUUCCGUGGUUACUCAUCUGUUUUAAUCGUCCUCCCAUGCGGCCAGUUUUCAUGUUAAUGUCGAUUUAAAUCUGUCUAACUGCGCACGCCUUGUGUAUUCUUAUCUAUUUCUGUUUUCGAAGCCUAUGAAUUAACAGCCUUUAAUAAGUUUAUCGGCAGUGCAAAAAAUAGCUAGGUUCAGCGUCUUUAACUUUUCAUUUAAGAUCUUUACGGUCCUGUUUGUAGCGCGCUAACUUUGCCCCAGUUCUGCGAAGAAACAGUGAAGGGAAACGUUGAAAUCCUCCAGGACGCAGGCAAUAUAUUAAGCGACGUUACCACUCUUGGGGGAGACUCCAAGGUACAAGCAGUUUUACUUUUAUGUUCAACAUUUCAGAGUGUUGCACCCACGGAAGAACUACCUGUGUUUUUUGACCCAAGCGCCUUCGAAGUACUUCGCUCAGUAAGUGUCUCCCCCUGUUACCUCAUUUGUCUUCGUUCAGGAAAUCGCCGUGGCUCGUGCUAAAUUACAUUCUCUAGAAAAUCGUUUGCAUCAGUUCGGAGGACUUAACACAGUAAUCCUUCCCAUUUUGCAUUUUAAUUAGUAAAAAGGAUUUAGAAAAGGCCCGAGUAGAGGUCAAUGAGCAAGAGGAAAAACUGGUUAGUUAUUUUUUUUCAAGUAAAGCCUUUGCUUGUCUAGAUGCGGAUGCACUUGGAACUACCUCAGAUGACCAAUUACUACGGAUGGAGUUGA